AUGGUAGGUUUAUUCGACGCUUUCGAAGUGUACAACAAGAAAAAACACUCUUCUAACCCACAAAUGCUGGGACACACCUCCAACACCGGCGGAACACGCACUGAUUUUGUGUACUCCAGCGAGUAUCGUGCGCCCAACCCUAAAAAAGUGAACAAAGAUGAGCUACUCACAGCCAAUCCAGCGGAGGCACAGGAGGCCCAGACCAUGGCCAAUAACGCAGGAGUGGCUAACAUGGUGGACGUGUCGCGCAUGUCGCAGCACGAGCUCGAGGACUUGAUGAAGACUCUUCGCAAGGGCGAGCCCAACAACCGGGUGAAUUUCUAG